UUAAUCGAUAUAUUUAUGUAGGUCAAAGCGCUAGAUACAUAUGUUCUUUGAGGUUAUAACGCGUACACAUAGUUCAAUUAACUUAGUAGUGAAAAAACGAAUUAGGCGAAAAAAAUUGACAUUCAAGCUCGCAAUUAUUUAAAUUUGAAAAUAAAAUAAAAUGUUCCUACCUCCAGACCCACCUCUGCCGGGUUACGAUCCGUGCGCAGGAAACGUGCAAAGCGUGGAGAGGACUUUGGCAAAAAUCAAAGCAGCUUCUUUAAGAGUGGGAUUCAAUCUGUGGCAUAUAUUUAAGCCUUUGGACCCACAUGAUACCAAUUACAUGUCAGAGUCUAAAUUUUUAUCCAUCUUGCUGGGACCUAUGAAGUCAAUCAUAGGCCUCGAUCCAUUCGAAAUUGGAGAAAUGACUAAUUAUUACAAAAUCGCUGAUGGCCGGAUUGCAUACACGAGGUUAUGUCAGGAAGUCCACGAGAAACUGAGCCCACCUGGGGAGAGCGAUGAAGACCGGAAGAUCGAAAUGAUGCAAUCCAACAAGCUAGGAGAUAAAGAGGACCAGGAAGUAAAGGAAAUUUUGGCCAGAAUUUCCGUUUCAGUCACACCUAGAAAACUUGUCGUGAAGCCCUUCUUUCAAGACUUUGAGCUUGUUAAAAAAGAUUCAGGUCUUGUUAGUAAGAACACAUUUGUUCGCGUGGUGCAUUUUAUGGGAGUACCACUGACUACUGAAGAGAUAUCGCUGCUGUUGAGGAAAUACCGCCACGAUUCUGAUACCGUCAAGUACGAAGCCUUCCUCAAAGAAAUCGAUGAAGUUUCACAGUUCUUGGCGGAAAACCAGUUCGUCGACCAAUACGGAGCUCUUCGGGACGACUACUUCGGGAAGGUUCCGAGCCUCCCGGCAAUGGACAUGCAGCCUGUUCCAGAGGGCGAGCAGUACGGGAUCAUCAAAAUCUGCUCGGAUGGGUUUCCUGGUGGGGCAGUCGGUGCGGCAGAGACCUCCGUCGCCUUCAACAAGAUCAGGGAACAAGUUCUUAACGAGAAACUGAAUGUCGAAGACUUCUUUAUGUUCUACGAUAAGAUGAAUACGGGAAGAGUAACAUCGGAGGCGAUGAGAUCUUGCAUAGAUUGGAUCUGCGUGAGCGAGACUUGUUUCAACGACCUAUUCCUCACUCACAGGGAAGUGGAGCUACUUGUAACAGUUUACGCGGACCCGACCACUCAGGAUAAGGUGCUUUGGAAAGUUUUCAAAAAUGAUCUGGAGCAAGGAAUCGAAGCCAAAGAACUGGAAACAUGGCCCCACCGCGGAAUGGUUAGAAAAUCGGCUAAUCCUUACCAAGUGCUCUACAGACCUCCAACCCCUCCUGAAGAUCUGUCAUAUCUUUCCCUCAACGAUGUCUUAGGGCAUAUCAAGGAGUGCAUGGAGACAUUCGGAUCAUCCAGGAAGCUAAUCACUGCGUUCGCCUCGCGUGACAUAAACGGUACUGCAUAUUUGACGGUUCCCCAAUUUGAAUGGGUCUUCUUGGAGUGCGGUAUUUGUCUUGCCCCUAGAGAAAAAGAAAUUUUGCGAGAAAGGUACGAAGAUGAAAUGGGAAUAAACUGGAGGUUUUUUGCCGAAGAUCUGAAAACGUUUCGCGAGCAGCUUACCGUUGAUCGUCAGCAAAAAGAAAUGGAAGUGAGAAGGAAAGCCGUGGAAGAUGAGAAAAGGCAAAGAGUAGAAUCGAUGGAGGGUAACGUGAUCGAAAUAUUGGCCAAAAUCAAAUGUAUUAUUGUAUGCAAGAGGGUAUGGAUAAAAGAUUACUUGAAAGUAUUCGAUAAACAUAAGCGUGAGUUGAUAACGAGGUCAGAAUUCCAGAGAGGUUUGGAUCAGUGUGGUCUGAGGCUGUCCAAAAAAGAAAUCGAAAUACUCGAGGACGUGUUCUGCCAGCCAAACGAUCCAGACAUGAUCGAGUACAACCGCUUCUGCAGGACCGUGGACGAAGAUUCACUACCACCCUGCCUCACCCGACCCAACAUAAAGGAUGUGAUAGAAAAGAGCGAACGGACAGAGAGCAAGAUAAUGCCAACACAUCAGUGGGCCAACUUCAAGAAGAGGAACACGCUGGCCAAGGCAAUGGACAAGCUCUCCAAAUAUGUCGGUCUCUCCAGCACUGACUUAUUCAAGAGCCUGGAUACGAUAAACAGUGGAACAGUUUCGAGAUCUAACGUCCAAAAAGCACUGUUCUCGCUGAACUGCCUCCACCUGAUCUCCAACAACGAAUUGGACACGAUCAUCCACUGCUUCGGCUUCAAGAAAGGGCACUUCCUCGAACUUGAUUACAUGGCCUUUCUCAACGCUUUGGAUAUCGUCAUCAAAACAAAAGCAGCUGCGAAGAAUCUAUAAGAUACACGCAUGAAACCCUUCAAAUAUAUGUCUUUUGUAUAAUUGUUUGUAUGUAAUUAAUAAAAUACAAUAAGCAACAGAA